GGUGAAUUGACAGAGUACUAGGGUACUUAUUGCAUUAUAGAUCUCCGGUACGACCGGACUUGACUUGAAGAAAUAAGUCAGGGUCACGUGCGUGUGUUGAACGCGUCCUCUACCCCGCCACGCGCUAAUGCAUUAAGUCAAGGUGGCAGUAAAAUAGAAUCUACUUUAAACAGCCGUGGGGUUUCCGUCGUCAGCAAGAACAUCAGCUUGGUCGGUGUCCAGGUUAAGGAGGUCCGGUCAUGGACAUUGAGCAGGACAAGCAGUGCAAGGCAGAUGCCAUGCUGCAAGCCCUCCUACAGCGCGCGUCUUGCGCCCCGGAGACGAAACAGCCCGAGCUCCUGCAAAAGUGCCUGAAGGGAGUUCUGCCGGUUUGCAAUGGACAGGUCUCGGCUGGAGGCAUAUCCUCUUCGGGCAUUGAGACAUCCCUGAGAGAAUACGUACGUCCAGAAAUAGAAAACGACUUCUACAGCCCUUUUAUUGAAGCCACGAACAUUGCGCUCGCUUGUCUUGAAGAGAUCAAGAUUGACGGGAUGCGUGCUCCUGUCUCCACCGUGGACAUGAUCUGCCAGCAGAACGAGACGGUGACAUCAAUUCGGAAACCCGACAUUGUCACCCUUCCUUUGAGCAGCGCAUGCGCAUCCUUUCAGGAUAAUAACGGCAGCGAGAAGGGAAAACAGAAAGGCAAACAGAAGGCCGACCAGGAGGAUGACCACCAGGACGACCAGAAGGACGAUACAAAGGCCGGUCAGAAGCGCAAGGCUCACAUGGUCAAGAAUGCAAAGUCAAAUCCGAAAAAUCUCCCCUGGAAAGAUGUUCUGGCUUGCAUCGAGUUCAAGAGACAGACGCCAGGGAGGACGAAAGGGAUUAAGUCACGUCCCUCUUCGUAUACUGUGACAGACUAUGUACCUACUAAACCCGAAUAUCUGCCGGUGGAUCAUCUCAAGGCUGAAGUCCCUGCACCAGGCCCUUCGCAAACCCCAGCAACACAACUCGCGUCCGACACCGCGCCAAUUCAAUAUUCCGACCUCACUGCUACACGGCCUUCCAAGGGCGGGUCCAGCUCCAAGCGCAACGCUGUGGACUCUUUGGAAUCUACCACGAAAAAAUUCAAGCUGAGGGGAAACAAUGCCGCGAAUUCAAAAUCAAGGAUGAAGAUCUUGGAACGGUGGAUUUGUUGCUUCACACCAGCCACGAUGAAAGAGUGACGCACUACGGACUACAAGGACGGGCCACCAAUGUGGUUCCUGUCACUAGCAAA